AUGUCCCAGAUAAUCGACGCUCUUGUUAUCGGCGGCGGCCCGGCAGGGCUGGGUGCUGCCCUUGGUCUCUGCCGCCAAAACCAUAGCGUGGUUCUACUCGACAGUGUCUCAUAUCGCAACACUAUUGAUACAAUACCCGACAACCGGAUGCAUAUGGUGGCGACCUGGGACCAUCGACGUCCAGACGAAUUCCGUGUCGCUGCACGCAAGGAGUUGCAACGGUACGAACGAUUCAAGUACAUGGAGGCCGAGGUUGUUUCUGUCCGACAAACCACAAGCACCCAAGGUGGAAAGCUCGAGGCUCUUUUUAACGCAAAGGCAGCUGAUGGCACUGAAUACGCCGCACGUAAGCUCAUUCUGGCAACAGGCGUCAAAGACGCUUUUCCAAAGAUUGAAGGAUUUUCUGAAUGUUGGGCUAAAGGAAUCUUCCAUUGCCUAUUUUGCCAUGGAUACGAGGAUCGUAACUCCCAGUCCGUCGGAGUUCUAGCGGUUGGUGAAUGUGCCGAAACAUUGACUGUUGCACGUAUGGCUCGCGCAGCCCAUCAGUUCUCGCGAUCCAUCACCAUAUAUACCAAUGGCAACUCCGAACUAGGCGAUCAGGUUUACCGACUUCUUGGCAAGGAAGGCUGGUGUUCAAUAAACAACCUAGGAAUCAAGAAGGUGUACAUGCCACAAAAGACGCCUGCUUCGCCAAUUACGGUGCAGGUCGAGUUAUCUGAUGGAACUACAAAAACAGAAGACUUUCUGGUCCAUAAGCCGGCUACUGUGCAGGCUAGUGCAUUAUACACCCAGCUUGGACUGCAACUUACCGCUGAAGGAGAUAUCAAAGUCAAGGAACCCAUGUUUGAAACUUCAAAGGCUGGUGUUUUUGCAGUUGGGGAUUGUGCAUCGCCGAAUAAAUUUGUUAGUUCUGCUAGUACAUCGGGAGGAUUUGCUGGGGCUGGGGCUGCGAUGCAGUUGCAAGCUGGGUUCUAG